ACACACAAUGGCGACCGAAGGUAUGUUUCAAAACCUUUGGUUCCUUAUCCGGGGACUACCUCUCACUCUGCUAUUGGGCCGUGGGGUCACGUGGUAAAACUAACUUUACAAGGGCUGCUCACAAGUAGGAGGGCUAUAUGGAGCAGAAAAACGACAAAGCUAGAAAAAUAAAUUUCCACUGCAGAAAUUAAUGAUCAUGAGCUCGUAUUUGAUGGACUCUACCUACAUUGAUCCGAAAUUUCCUCCAUGCGAGGAAUAUUCACAAAACAGCUACAUCCCCGAGCACAGCCCCGAAUAUUACAGCCGCGCCAGGGACCCUGGCUCUGGUUACCAGCAUCACCAUCAGGAGUUAUACCCUCCACGGGCGAGCUACCAAGAGCGCCAAUAUAAUUGUGCAAGCAUCCCUGAACCUGACACGCAAAAGGGACAUGGACUACCCCAUUCUGCGCACCUGCUUGCAGGGAAAGGGCAGCCAUCCUCAUGUGAGACCCCACAGUUACCCAUGUCCCCCACCACCCCACCGGCUGCAUCCUCCGCCUGCAACCAAGCUACACCGGAGCAUCCAAACAGCUCAGCCUCCUCCAAGCAGCCCGUGGUAUACCCAUGGAUGAAGAAGAUUCACGUCAGCACCGCGAACCCGAAUUACAAUGGACCGGAUUCCAAGCGGUCUAGGACAGCCUACACUCGACAGCAGGUCUUAGAAUUGGAGAAGGAGUUCCACUAUAACCGCUAUUUAACUCGACGGAGGCGCAUUGAGAUAGCCCAUACAUUGGUUCUCUCCGAACGACAAAUCAAGAUUUGGUUUCAGAACCGCAGGAUGAAGUGGAAAAAAGACCAUAGGCUUCCUAACACCAAAGUGAGAUCCUCCACCACGGGCGUAUCCUCCGGGUCCAACGCAACCUCAUCAGCCGGCGUUGUCGCCACUUCCUCGGCCACUGGUAGCAUUACUCCCGAUGAACUGUCCGGAGUAGAGGAUGGCGAGGAUAUUACAAGGUUAUAAGGCGAAAAGAAAACCACUUCAAGAAGGGGGAUAGAGAAUGACUGAUUAUUUAUAGUAUAUUAUAUAUUUUGUUUUCGUAGGUAUUUGUGCGGUUUCAUUUAAGUCCAAAGUUAUAUAAAAUGCAUGUUAUAUAGCAUGGAUUUAUACGAAUACUGAUGGGUUCUUUUUACGUGACACAGGGUUUAAGUUAUUUAAUGCUGAAUCAAGAUGAUGUUUUUUUAUGAGAAAAAUGUUUUGAAUGAAGGAAAAUAAUGUACAUUUUAUCUAAAUGUUAUUGUGAGCCAUUUGUUUGCCCUACCGCCCAAGUUGAAAUGCACAAUCUAUUUAUUUCAAGCUCAACACUGGAAGAAUAUCAUUAAUAGGCAAUCAUAGUUAUUUUUGGUAAAAAUGCUGGAACGUACCGAUGGAACAUUGAUCUUGAACGCAUAUGUUUAGGAUUAUAACAAGGUGAAUUAGCUCCUUGCUUUCAGAAACAGGAUUUUUAAUUACAAUCUAGUUUGUGGUGUGUUUAGCAGAUUAUUGUGAAAUGCAAUACACAGAGUUUAGUGUAUUUGUGAUAAUCAUAUUGGUCAAUAAAACAGUGAGUGUACUAGUUUUACGCCCGUUUGGAUCGAUUCAUUCAUGGCCAACAGAGUGCCUAUUGUUUUGGUGACUGUGGCUAUUGCUGUGGUGGCCGUUAUAUAAAAAUGGUAUAGUCACAAUUUACCAAGUUCUUUAUUGAUGGUUCAGCCUAACAACGCAUUAUUUGUUUGGCAAUGUUUAGCUUUAAAUUGUUUAGCCUAUGCCAAAUAUGAUACUGACGAUUUGAAAUGUUCCUUUAGAAUCGUUCUCGAGGUAGGCACGCGUAUACAGAUCCACCGUUCAUAUUCCCCCCCAAUCCAAUAAUAAUCCAUAAUUCUACUCCAAAUAAAGGGUUAUGGCCUGGCUGCAUGCAUCAUAUUAUCCUACAUGUAGCUCAUUAGUCUCAAGGACAUUCAAUUAAUUUGGCAAGCCAUUCAACCAGGGCCUCAACAAUCCCCUCAGAUUAUACUGACUGGCUGGAGCCCUGCUUCCUGCUCAUUACUGAUCAUAUAGCUCUGCACAUACCUUUUGGAAAUCAAUUUCGUAUUGCCAAAAUAUGACACAUAAUCAGUUGUGUUGAUGGUAUAUGGAUUCCUAUUAAUUCAUUGUUUUGCCCCAAUUGCAGGUUGCUUCUUUUCUUCUAAUAAAGUCAAUAAUUUGAGGUCAGAUUCUGAAAGGCCUAAAGCCUUGAAGGACUACAUCGUGGACUAUAAGUGAGAAUAUAGCCUACAAAAUAUUGUAUUCGGAUUAUAUCUACCAGCAAGACCUGUUGCCUCUUAAAAAUAUGCAUCCAGAUUUUCCAAGAUGAUCUUGUAUAAAACAAUAGUUUGGAUAAUAGUGUUUUAUAUGCGUGCACGUAGGCCUUCUCAAUAUGCAACAAUUUGUACCUUAUAUACAAAKGAAUGUUAGUUGUACGUUUGAGAUGUUCACCAAUUGUCAUUCGUAUAAUAGUCUAUGUUUGUUGCGGCCUGAGACCUCCCCCGUCAAAGUGAAGAAUAUGCUUUUAAAAAGUAGCGCUUGAGGCAACGUCAUCGUCACCUCUGCUCUUGGUAAGUAUAGCCUAUACUGCUCAAGCAUCGUGGGGGGAUUUUCGAUAGACCUAUGGCAAUGUUGUGGACGUGUUGUCACCAUGCAACUGUAAUAAUACAUAGGAUAGUCAUAUUGCGCCUUUGAUCUUAUGUAGGCCCUAGCCACAAAACAGGCCGUCCAAUUAACAGUUCUCCAAAACGAAUUUCAUUGUAGAAUAACUUUUUCUUAUUCUGCUCAAAAUGUUGUGCAAAAACAUGCAAUGUUUGAAAAGAGCGCAAUAGUUUGAUAGAUUAUUUAAACUGUGUGACUUGAAUAGAAAUGAUAAAACGGCUUGCUAGGUGGGGGGCAAAGAGCACAAAGGGAAGAGGUAUUCUAAACCAUCAAUCUUAGCGCCGCAGAGUAAAGAAUUAUUUGGGUCUGAAUAUAUUAAUUUGGCAACAGCCUCUCUCAGAAAUAAACCCACAUCGCUAACUAGUAAUUUUACGAAAUAAAACUAUCAGGGCUAAAAAGGAAACUUAACACCGUGACGUGGACAUGACUUUGGAAUGGCAGUUGGAACGCCCGUAAAGCCCUAAAACAUGCAGAAUUCCAGUAGCAUUUAUAUAGCUGCCUGGACAAUUGAGAGAAAUUAAUGUAUAGCUACGCCAGAGUCUCACCAUCCCUCCAAUCUCUUUCUAGAUCCUGUCGCCUCCAUGUAGCGAGGCUGAAAAUGUACUUUAUUGAAGUUUGGGAUCAACCGCGAGAAGGCCGAGUUCAGUCGGAGGGCACAUUUUCUGUCCCAUUAGGUCCGUUUCAGCCGGGAUGGUCGACCUUUGCAACCCCCCGUGACCUGACUGGGUCUCUAUACUUGUACCUUCUGUGUGUGCCCUCGUAGGUCGUCCCCGGUCCUUGCGUGGCCUCGUCAGGGCUCUGGACUUUCUUUGUGUGUUUUUCUACUUGAGGGGCCGGUAGAAGGGCACCUCUGAAUGUGUUGCUCUUUUGUUGCUCUCAGUGGUGACCUGAGAGUGCGGUGAACUGUCGGUCACUUCUCUUCCAUUGUGCGCCCUGUAGGACCUAGACCCUUUGUAGGACAUCCUACAAAUUUGAGGGACUUCCAAGCGGUUACUUCGGAGCUUUAUGAUCCGUCUGCAUGUUAAGAAGAAAUAAACACGUAUUGCUAUGCUGCCUGAAGAAUCGGAGCGGGUCCCUCGGUCGCCAUUAAGUUCCUUUCAGACUAUUGGAGGUGAUUCAGUGUGCUGUCAUAACGAGGCUGGUGGUCUCCUAAGUAGAGGAA